AUGACACAGCAAGAGGAGAAAGAAUGGCAAAAAGUUCAAAAAAAGACAUUUACAAAGUGGGUGAAUGAGAAACUAGCAAGAGGGGGCCACGAGGAGAUCAAGGAUAUGUUUGAAGACCUACGCGAUGGAGUAAAGCUUGCGAAUUUGUUAAUGGCUCUUCAGAAGGAUACAGUUGAGUAUAAUCCAGUGCCAUAUACUCGGAUCCAAAAAAUGGAGAAUGUGGAAAGAGUUCUAUCUUUUAUAAAAGAAAAGAAGGUCAAGCUUAUAAACAUAGGAGCGUCCGAUAUUGUUGAUGGAAAUCCAAAGCUUAUAUUGGGACUAAUAUGGUCUCUGAUUUCAAGACUGGCCAUUGCAGAGAUGGCAGAGGCUGGCGAGCUUUCAAUAAGAAACGAAUUGCUCAGAUGGUGUAAAGAGGUAACGAAUGGAUACAAAAAUGUAAAUAUAGUUGAUUUCUCAAAGAGCUGGCAGGACGGACUUGCGUUCAAUGCAAUUAUCCAUAAGUUCCGACCAGACCUUAUUCCAAACUUUCAGAGCCUUAAGAGUUCCGAGAAAGUGUACAAUCUAACCCAGGCAUUCAAGGUUGCAGAAAGGUUCCUCAAUAUAAAAAAGCUUCUUGAUGUGGAGGACAUAGCAGGAGUAUCUAUUCCUGAUGAGAAAAGUAUUAUGACAUAUGUCUCUGGGUAUUAUAGAAAGUUUAAGGAGUAUGAGAAAGAAAGAUCUGCUCGAGAGAGGGUCAAAGGAGUUUUGGAAACCAUUGACUGGUCAAUACAGGCUAGAAACCUCUAUGAGAUCAAAGCAAGAAACCUGCUAUCCUUGAUAAAGGGCCUAAACAAUCAGAAGAAAGAGGUGUGUAAGAUUAUAAGAAGUCUCAACAAAUCAUUUAGCCUGAUGUUAGAGACAAACUCCAAAGCCAUCCAUGAAUCUACUGAGCUUCAUUCUCUCCUUGGAAGCAUAAAUGCGGUCCAUAGUUUCUACAGAAUGAAGAAAUACUCUCCGCCAGAGGAUGUAACUCUGGACAAGCUUUCGUUUUCUCCUCUGCAGCCUCAAACCAUUGCUGAUAGCAUCGAGAUCAGGAAGCUAUUUGAUCCGUCAUUCCAAUCUGAGAUUAAUGCUUUGAACAGGGUAUUUGAGUUCUUUAAGCAUACACUUUCAAAAGGCGAAAGUGUGAAAGAACAGAUACAGGAUGCUUCAGAACUCUCCAACAAGCUGAUGGAAAUGACAUUCACACAUCCAUUGGCCAAAGACCAGAAGGAAGGAUUUAAGAGCAUUGCAUCAAAGAAACUUGAGACUCUAAAAAAUGUUCAAGACAAAAAAAGCAAGGAAGAAAAAGUCCUCGAAAGUGCUACUGCUCUAUUUAAUAAGGUAGUAAAGAAAGACGAGUGUGGGAUAAGUUCCACAGACUUAUGCUGGUGUCUAAGCCAGCUGGGCCUGUCGGUGGAUGAAGGAAUGGUUCCAUUUGGAAGCCCAGAAGGCCGAAUAUCCCUGGAAGAUUAUCUUUUAAUAGUUAGAGAGAUGCAUAAUACUCUUUUUUGUCCGGCAGAACUCAAAAAGGCUUUUGAGAUGUUCAGCGUGGACGGGGUCUUGGAUCUUAAGUCCCUUAACAUUGAAAGCAAGAACCUCAAGAAUGUUUAUCGUUUCAAUGGAGAGAAUCCAUCUUUAUGCGUGAGUAAGUUUUUUGAGGACUUCAUUGAAAAUUAA